CGAGGCGGACCGGCACAGGCUGGCCGCCCCUCCCGUGCGGGGCGGAGGCGGACGGGGCGGGCGCUGGAAGGCGGCGUCCGGGCGCCGCGGUGACCCCGAGAGGGUGAAGCGGGAGCCGGUGGCCACGGUGCCGAUCCCAGCCGAGCGGAGCGAGGGAGCGCGCGCCGGGCAUGGAGGACGGCGUGGUGGGGCCACGGCUCGGAGAGGUGGCGGAGGCGGUGGAGGCGCGGGCACCCCGCAGGGUGACUCUGAGGCCCUUCGCACCCUUCUCCGGGGCUACCGAAGGGGACGGGGGCGGCGGCGACUGGAGCUUCAUCGACUGCGAGAUGGAGGAGGUGGAUCUGCAGGACCUGCCGAGCGCCACCAUUGCCUGUCACCUGGACCCGCGCGUGUUCGUGGACGGCCUGUGCCGGGCCAAAUUUGAAUCCCUCUUCAGGACGUAUGACAAGGACAUCACCUUCCAGUAUUUUAAGAGCUUCAAGCGUGUCCGAAUAAACUUCAGCAACCCCCUGUCUGCGGCGGACGCCAGGCUGCGGCUGCAUAAGACAGAGUUCCUGGGGAAGGAGAUGAAGCUGUAUUUUGCCCAGACUUUACACAUAGGAAGUUCACACCUGGCUCCGCCCAAUCCAGACAAACAGUUUCUCAUCUCUCCCCCUGCCUCUCCACCUGUUGGCUGGAAGCAAGUAGAAGACGCUACCCCAGUCAUCAACUACGAUCUUUUAUAUGCCAUCUCCAAGCUGGGGCCAGGAGAGAAGUACGAGCUACACGCAGCGACAGACACCACGCCCAGCGUGGUGGUCCACGUGUGUGAGAGUGACCAAGAGGAGGAGGAGGAAGAGGAGGAGGAGAUGGAGAGAAUGAAGAGACCCAAACCAAAAAUCAUCCAGACUCGGAGGCCAGAGUACACACCCAUCCACCUCAGCUGAACAGGCACACUGACCGACACGCGUGUUCUGAUUCCCACACGUGGGAAGGAAUCUUUUACUGUGCAGGUGGCUGGUCAUAGCUUUGGAGGUAACAGCCGUGACCACUGUGGCAGAAAUUCCAGUUCAUGUUGCUCAGAAGAGAGUCAAGGCCUCCUCUCCUUGUUCUGAUGCCGCACCUCAGUCUAUGUCCAUGGCAUCUGGGAAUGUCCCAGGCCAUCCACUGAGUGUGUGGCAAUCACACAGGACACUGGCGACAUCCUGAGAAAACUGAUAGUGUCUCAUACUCGCUCUUUUCUAGGUUCUGUUUUUGGAAGGACAGGUUGACUGGUGGCCAGGGAGAGAUUUCUGUUUCCAGCCAACAUUCAGGGUGCAGCCCCCACUGGUAGGCAGAGGCACCCCCCAAAGCCACUAAGUGUCCAGUGCAGAAAGUUGUGGGACAACCCCCAUGCCGUGUGGAAAUUGUCCUUCUCGUUCCUUCCCUCGUGGUCUAACGUUCAUGCAUGUGUAUUACUGGGUCUCAAGACUUCACGUAGGAAGUUGUGCUGUUGUUUUCAUCUUGGGAAGCUAGAAAAGUUCUGAAACACUUACCAUGUGUCCUGGUCCUGGCUGUCUCCACACAGUGCCCACACACGUGGGGUCUCGGCUGGAGACGUCCACGUAUCACCCUGCCCAGUGCACCAUGUCACUUGUGCUUUCUUGCAAAAUGAGUUGAUCUCGAAGUAGAACUUAGCUUACCUGGUGGGAGAGCAGCAGUUUCGUGCCAGUCGGCUGCGGGUGGGUAGGUUUGGUUUGGGUGUUUGGGUUCCCCAUUGUUCCCUUCAUGUAGUGGUUUGUAUGUGAAUCUCAGCCGAAACCCUCUUUGGGAACUGUUGGUUGACAGUUUUUCACCCCCGUGGAAACAUGAGGAUGAACUUGUAAAUAAAGCCAAGAGCUAUCCUAAUACCUGUCUGUACUUGGGUGGGAACAGAGGGCAGAGGGAGUUUCAAGCCACCCGUGACCUGUGCGUGGUAGAAGUUAAGUUCCUGUCAUGUGUUUAAUGGGGUGAAUCUGGAGCAUGUGGAGUAUGCCGUAGCCAUGUGUUCCUAGAGGGACACAGUGCCUUUCCCCUUUCCUUCAGCGGAGUGACACUCGGUUUGGGUAUUUCUCCUUUUCUAGUCAUUGUGUGUGUCUGGCAAAUAGGAAUUCUUCUAUCUUGGUCCUACGAUGCCAUUACAAAGUUUGUCACUCUGAAUAACCGAAUGCCAGCUGAAUGCCAGUUAACAGUGCAUGCCUCGGGAGCUCAGAAGGUGGCUUCCCCUGAGGAGCAAAUGGGUUGAUGUUCUCCAAACCCUGCUUCCAGUGCUCGCUCGCACAAGUGGGCGGCCAUCCUGUCAACACCCAGUGUUUCUAGUUCUGCACUUUGAACCGGAGAGGCCAACCUCAAAGAUAUUUUUUUUAACUGCAUUGUAUAAUAAAUCAGCACAAUAAGCUCCUCUGGA